AUGAGGAAGCCUGUGGUCUUGGCCGUCGCAAUGGUGGCCGUCGUGUUAGUGCUGCUCUGUGCUGGAGUUCUCCUCCCUUUGAUCUCUAGAGGCAGAGGACUCCUUUGGGGCAGGACCGGAAAUGCGCGAGUUCUCAGCGUGCUGGAGGCGAGCGUGCACACUGUGGACAGGGCCGUCUAUACGUCCCUGGAAAGGAGCCUCAGGAAGAGGGACAUUACAGCCCCAUCUCAGCUGCUGUCUUUCUCCAAGCUCCCAGAGCCAGCAACCAGAGCCAUCUCCCGAGCCGCAGAGAUCAUGGAGGCCUCGAUCCGGGCGCUGGCACUGAUGCAGCCACUGCUUCUCCCAGACAUUUCAUCAGAAGAUGUACUGAACAUGAUCGCCAAUCUGUCUGGCUGCCUGCCUCACAUGCAGCCCCCACGAUGUCCGAACACCUGCCUGGCCAAUAAGUACAGACUCAUCACUGGUGCCUGCAACAACAGGGACCACCCCACCUGGGGUGCCUCCAACACCGCCCUGGCCCGCUGGCUCCCUCCGGCCUACGAAGAUGGCUUCAGCCAGCCCCGGGGCUGGAACCCCGACUUCCUGUACCACGGCUUCCUGCUGCCCCCGGUGCGGGAGGUGACUCGGCAAGUUAUCCAAGUUCCAAAUGAGGCGGUGACCGAGGACACCCAGUACUCAGACUUCCUGACAGCAUGGGGCCAGUACAUCGACCACGACAUGGCCCUCACCCCGCAGAGCACGGCUGCAGCUGACUGCCAGCUGAGCUGCAAGAACCAGAGCCCCUGCUUCCCCAUACAGCCCUGGCCACACACCAUCCCCCCGAUCCGCUUUGCACACUGCAUCCCCAGGCAAACCUGCGCAGCGGUCUGGCGGCUCUCUGUGCAGCAUCCUAUGCUGCCGACGCUGGGCCCCUCCAGCCCUCAGAUGAGAGGCGAGGCCCAGGCGGUCGGGCAGGGCAGGCCCAAGGGGGUGGUGGGCGCCCUGCACCAGAUCAUCACCCUGAGGGACUACGUCCCCAGGAUCCUGGGUCCUGACGCCUUCCGCCGGUAUGUAGGCCCCUACGAAGGCUACGACCCCGCUGUGAACCCCACGGUAUCCAAUAUCUUCUCCACCGCUGCCUUCCGCUUCGGCCACGCCACCAUUCAUCCCCUGGCCAGGCGGCUGGAUGUGGCCUUCAAGGACCACCCGGACCUGCCCCCGCUGCGGCUGGGCGAUGCCUUCUUCAACCCCUGGAGGCUCAUCGGGGAAGGUGGCGUGGACCCCCUCCUGCGGGGCCUUCUCGCCAGGCCGGCUAAGCUGCAGGUGCCUGAGCAGCUGAUGAAUGAGGAGCUCACCGAGAGGCUCUUCGUGCUGUCCACCCCUGGCUCCUUAGACCUGGCAUCACUCAACCUGCAGAGGGGCCGGGACCAUGGCCUGCCAGGGUACAAUGCAUGGAGAGAGCUCUGCGGGCUGCCUCAACUGCAGACCCCGGCCGACCUGCAUGGGGCUGUUGCCAAUAGGAGCGUGGCGGACAGGAUCCUGGCCCUCUACAAGCAUGCAGACAACAUCGACGUGUGGCUGGGUGGCCUGGCUGAGGACUUCCUGCCGGGGGCCCGGACCGGCCCCUUGUUUGCCUGUAUCAUCGGGAGGCAGAUGAAGGCACUGAGGGACGGGGACAGGUUUUGGUGGGAGAACAGCCGGGUCUUCACAGAGGCUCAGCGGCAGGAGCUGGAAAAGCACUCCCUGUCUCGGGUUGUCUGCGACAACUCUGGCCUCACCCAUGUGCCCAGGGACGCCUUCCGUGUCGGGCGGUUCCCCCAGGACUUUGAGUCCUGUGAACGCAUCCCCGGCCUGGACCUGGAAGCUUGGAGGGAGACCUUCCUGCAAGAUGACAGGUGCAGCUUACCAGACAAAGUGGAGGAUGGGGACUUCAUGCACUGCGAGGACGCCGGAAAGCAUGUGCUGGUGUAUUCCUGUCACCAUGGAUACCAGCUUCACGGGCAGGAGCAGGUCACUUGCACCCCAGAUGGGUGGGAUGCCCCGCCGCCCAUCUGCAAAGAUGUGGAUGAGUGUGCAGACCUGGUGCUCCCACCCUGCCAUGCCUCUGCUCGCUGCAGGAACACCAGGGGCGGCUUCCAGUGCCUGUGCACCGACCCCUACGUGCUGGCCGAGGAUGCCAGGACCUGCGUAGACUCUGGCAGGCUUCCGCGGGCAUCCUGGGUCUCCCUUGCACUGGGGGCGCUGCUGAUCGGCAUCUUGGUGGGCGUCACCUGGACGGUGAUCUGCAGGUGGAUGCACUGCACCGCAGAGUCCAAACAGCCAGCCACCGAGGGAGGUGCGAAGAGCCCUGCCCCGCUGGGAUGCAGAGCGCGUCCGGACGUGGGGACCUCGCUGCAGAGCGCUCAGCACCCAGAGAAGGGACCGGCCUGUGGGUCGCAGAUCCCUCUCUGCAUGUAG